AUGGGAUCUCAGGUAAAUAACCAUAAGUUAGAUAUUGAAAUAAAUGGUAAGAAUUGUUAUAGAGGUGAAUUAAGUUUAAAUUUGGAUGAACUGCGGUGGAUUUUGUUACAAAUAGGUCCUGAAUUUGGUUUUACUAUAUCUCCUACAAAUUGUUUUUCUCAAAGAUCUAAGAAGAACAAAAGUAGAUCAGAAAUAGAUGAUGAAUCUCGUCAAGUAUAUAGAACUAUUAAUAAACGUUUAAGAGAGAUCUCUACAGGAGGUAGUGAUGCAAGUUUUGAAGGUAAAACAACUCGCAGAAGUACAUUAGGAGCACCAUCAAGUAGUAUUAGUAGUAAUGGUAGAGAUACUAAUUUAACUAUGAAUGAAACUAAGAAGCUACAAAUAGUAGAUUUUAAUAGUUAUUGUUUAUCUACGUUAGAAAAACUUUGCAAACAUCCUAAUGCAGGUUGGUUUUUACAACCAGUGGAUCCUGAAAUAGAUGGUGUACCUGACUAUUUCAGUGUUGUACAAAAUCCUAUGGAUUUUCAAACAAUUCGAGAGAAGUUGUCACAAGGAAUGUACAAGAAUCCAUUUGGAUGGCAGCUUGAUAUGAGACUUGUUUUUUAUAAUGCUUUACUAUAUCAUAAGGAUCCAAAUAAUAGUGUAAGGCGAGAUGCUAUACAAUUAGCAAGUGAAUUUGAACAAAGAUGUCGUGAAUUACCCGAAAUUAAUCCCUACUAUUAUUCUAUUCAACUAAGAAAUAAAUAUAAAGUUGAAAUUGAAUCUAUUAAAUCAAAGAUUGAAAGCUUAAAUAUGGAUAAUUUAAAGUUCCUUAUAUCUAUAAUUAAGGAUGAUACAGAAAAGGAUAUUGAAUUAUCUGUAACAGCAAUAAUUAAAGAAUUUGAAUACUUACCAUAUAUAAAACAAAAGCAGCUUGAAUCUGUUAUUUGCAUACUACAUAAGCAACAAGAAAAUUCAAGUAAAAUUUAUUGUAUGGAUACUUGUAUGGGGAUAUUAAAUACCAAUUUAGGAAAUCAGGAAAUUUCGAUGACUCCUAGUAGUGGUUCUGAGGUACCUGAUACUCCUAAGCAUAGUCAAUCGGGUAUUUCAGAGAAUAGCGGAGAUUUCAGAUCUUUCAAAACUGAAAAAAAUGAAUUGACCCCAGAAGUUCAUUUGUCUGGUAAUAUUGUAAUUAAGGAUAUUCAUGAAACAGAAGAUGUAUUAAUUACAAGUAUACCAAAUCAAGCUAUUCCUAUACAACCUCAGGAAUCAGCCUGGGGAGAAUGGAAGGCAAAGGUAAUUCAAAAUAGUACAAUAGCACAAAGAGAUAAUGCUCCUAAAAAAUCCAAAAGGGAAAGGGAGGCUGAACAAGCUAAUGCUGAAAUAUGA